UUUAAAUUUAAUGUUUUGAUUAACGGGAAUGGCAUUAUUUUGUGUCCAUAGAAGUUUUUGGUUUUCAUUUUCAGGUGAGCCAAAACCUCUGUAGAUCCAGAUGUUUUGGUGCCGCUCUGACACUUUUGUUUUUAUUUCAUUCAAACAAAGGGACUCUCGUCAAGCCCUUCUUCAUUCUAUAUAAAUCGGAAGGUUUAUGAUAGUUACUAUUAAGGAGAUUAUUUGGGUUCCCUAAUCUCCAAUCUGAGGAUUAACCGAGGCUAUUGGUGUGUCCAGAUUAUUACGUCUCCUCUGCAGGCCCCUAUGUUUACACCCCCGCAGUGACUGAAGCAUAUUGUUUUUGUGUCAGGAAUUUUUUUUUUUUGUUUUUUUUAACGCAUCAUCUACUCGGAGUUUAACUUUUAAAGGUAGAUGUUUUAGGUGGUCUUAUAUUUUUGGUCGAGUGGAAGUUCAGAGGACCGCCAUGGAGGAGUCGUCGGUGCCCCCGAUUGACCCAGAUUUCGAGCCGCAGAGCAGACCCCGCUCAUGCACGUGGCCGUUGCCGAGACCCGAUAUCUCGGCUGUCAAACCGGAGGGGACGGACGGCUCCGAGUCCGCCGCCGGGACCCCGCCCGCCGACGAGGACAAACCCGAUCCGCAGCAAAUCACGUCCGAGCCGGAGAAGGCGGCGGCGGCGGCCGAGGGAGGGGUCGUGGCCGGCGUGGGCGGAGCCGGUGCGACGCCACGCAAAGGAUCAUCCCGGCGCAACGCGUGGGGGAACCAGAGCUACGCUGAUCUCAUUAGCCAGGCCAUCGAGAACUCACCUGAGAAGAGGCUGACCCUGGCUCAGAUUUACGAGUGGAUGGUGAAAACAGUGCCUUACUUCAGAGACAAAGGGGACAGCAACAGCUCAGCCGGCUGGAAGAAUUCAAUCCGCCACAAUUUAUCACUCCACAACAAGUUCUUGAGGGUACACAAUGAAUCGACAGGUAAGAGCUCCUGGUGGAUGCUCAACCCAGAGGGAGGGAAGACAGGGAAAGCUCCCCGCCGCCGGGCCGCCUCUAUGGACAAUAGCAGCAAGCUGCUGAAGAGCCGCAUGAGGGCCAAGCAGACCAAGAAGGCGGCAGGAGCUGCCGGCCUGGGGGGAGCUGGAGGGGCUCUGCAGGGCGACGGCGCCACAGGUUCAGGGGGUGCAGACAGCCCUAAUUCAUCGCAGCAGUUUCCCAAAUGGGGAGUCAACAGCAGCAGCCCCUCGUCCCGCGGCAGCCUGGAUGACACUGACAUGUGGAACACCUUCCGCCCACGUACAAGCUCUAACGCCAGCACUCUGAGCGGACGUCUGUCUCCAAUCGCUCCUGGACAGGAGGAUGAUGACAACCUGCCUGAGGACGGACUGCUGGGAAGAUACACUGCCAGCAGUUUGACCCCCACCCUCACUGAGACCCUCAUGGAGGAGCUGGACCUGAUCGACGGCCUCACGCUGAUGACUGGGCAGCAGGGAGGGGCCAGUCCCAGUACGGCCCCACCAGCACCUCCCACUCCACUGCCCUCCGCUUCCACCCUGCUGCCUCGUGGCUCCGGCUUCUCCUCCUUCCAUCAGCUGAAACCAUCCAGCCUCCCACAGGCCCCCACUCACACGGGGACCCAGGCCUCCGUCUCUCAGUGUGGGCCCAGCAGCAAAGAGCCAACAACCUUCAGCAACUCCCUCUUCAACCCCAUGCCCAGCUCCGGCUCCCGUGGGGGCGGCCAUUACAGCACCCAUGUGCCUUCCAGCCUGGAGGCGCUGCUCACCUCCGACUCCCCUCCGCCCAGCGAUGUCCUGAUGAGCCAGGUGGAUCCACUCAUGCCCAAUCCUGGAGGCCUUAUGGGCCUGGGACCACCUGUGGUGAGCGUGAGGUCCAAACCCAACCAGCUGCUGUUGGGUAAAGGGCUGGAGCCGAACACGGUGGCCCCCAUGGCGCUGCAGGCUCAGAUGCAGCAGCGUCAUCUUCACCACCAGCAGCAGCAGCCGCACCAGCAGCAGCAACAACAACCACAACACCAGCAUCACUCUCAGAUGGGGCUGGGGAUGAUUAUCUCAGGUAUGACUCAGGACCCGUCGCAGCUCUCUGCCCUCAAAGCCCAGCACGCCACGGUGCCAGCAGUGGGCUCUCAUCACGGGGCGCCCGUCGCCUCAGCCAAUCCCGGCAUGAGCCUGCAGGGGAUGAGUCAGUUUGGAGCGGCGUCCUGCUUCCCGACCGGUCAGGACCGACUGCCCACAGACUUGGACAUUGAUAUGUUCACCGAAAACCUGGAUUGUGAUGUGGACUACAUUAUCAACAGUGACCUCAUGGACGGAGACGGCCUCGACUUCAACUUCGACCCAAUACUGCCUGGAGGCCAAGGCUACGCCGGCCCGGCCACCACACAGGGCUCCGCUCACAGCUGGGUGCCCAGCUAAACCCAACUGACAACACAGAGUUAGCCAGGAACUGAUCUCCAAUCAAGAUAACCUCACAAAACAACAAAACAACCGGUGCAUUCCUCCUCCCUGCUGGUUGAAGAUACUAUUUUCAAACACGAUGCUUCUCUCAGAGUUUAAAGACCAGACCUCAGCCAUGUCAUGUGCCAAGAAGACAUGCAGAGGACAGGGAGGAGAUCCAGGCUACUAUGCACAACAUUUCUCCCUUUUUUAAAAAAAACAACAACAAAAUAACACUUGGCUGCUAGCCGUUUUUUUUUUUCCUCUAAUCUGAACUGAUGGUUUUUAAAAGACGUGUGACAUGAUGUUUUUAGGAGUGAAAAGACAAAUCAUUAACUCUUCUUUGGCCGGGAGUUUAUAUUUCAGUUAUGUUACACCAGAAUAGCUUUAGGGUGGAUACGGUACUUGAUGGCUUUGGUGUUGAAGAUUCAAUGGACUGAUGGACUGUGCGCUUUUUGGAGAAAUGGCCAGUUUUCCAUUGGCACUUGCAAGAACUGCCAGACCAAAUGCUGUUUGAGGUGCAGUCGCGCUGCUGCACCGUGAAAAGGUUUCAUCACGGGAGUCAGAUCGUGUUAUGAACAGGUGGAAGACAAAAGACUGGACACCUGAAGGUAUAAAAUGUUUGGCCUAACAUCUUGCCCAGCUGUGGACUACGAUUACAUGUACAAUUUAAAUUUUUCACUUUAGAGAAAAAAAAGAUGCUUUUUUUUCUUCCAAUGAAAUUUGGUGAUUCAACACUUAAGAGGGUCUGUAUUUGCAGUUUGGCAUUUUUGACUUCAAUCCAGUGUGUUAUGGUAGAUGUCAGUUAGAGGGUGUUUUUUUUAAUCCCUGAUGUGCAGUUGAACUAACAAAAUGAAGAAAUGUGACUUGUGAAUUUAUACAAGGGGCAUUCAAGGGUAAAUUUAUUUGCCAACAAGUGAUUGGUUGGCCAAGUAUUAUAUUGUUUUAGAAAGCAGUAUGCCUCCACUGUCACAUGGUCUACCUGAUUAUUUCUUCUUCCUCUUUGUCUUCAUCGAGCCUGUGCAUUUUCAAAGCACUUAGGUUUCCCGCGACACAGGGACCCCAACCUAGGAGAGACAAUAGGUUAUACCAUUUCAUUGAAAGAGUUUAAAUCUUGUUUUAAAAAAACAACAAAAUAACAUAAAAAAGUACACGUUGCACAUAUUCACAAUGACACGCUAUGCAGAUUUAUCAGGAGAACUAAAUGAAAUCUUGAAGGAAAUUUGUAAAAUCACUUCUUGAAGGGUUUUGUUAUUUAACAUUUUCCUGAUAUCUUGUUGAGGGGGGACGUGGGUACUUCAUGUCAGAAAAUCCUCGCACAUUUUAAUUCAAGAAAUUAAUUCUCUGUGUGAGAAGUACAAAAAAGAAUAUAUUUGAUUAUAGUUUUAAUAUACAAUUUAGAUGGAGGUAAUAAAUGAGAUAUUAAUACAUAUGAAUAUAUUACUAAUGACAAGGUUCUUUUUUACAUUGGAGGAAGCAUUCUCAGAUCAUUUUUAACAGUAAUUUUCUAUACUUUUAUUUUUGUAAAGGAAGAGAUGCAUGUAGAUUUUUUUACAUAACCAAAGGAACACUAAUAUUUGCAAUUGCAUGGCAUUUAGGGAGCGCUUGGGCCUGACACAGUAUCUCCAUGUACAUAAGCUUUGCAAAAGACGCCUGUAACAAGAAAUCUGAGAGUUGAGUGAGGCAAAGUGCAUCAAUACUUGACCGUAUCAAAAGUCCAGGUUGUAGGAUUAAGGGGCAUCUUAUGGCAGGAAAGGUCUACAAUAUUCAGAAUUAUGUUUUUUCAUUAGGACCUGUGUCCACAUAGUGUUUGUUCUCAGCGCUGGUGUUGUGUCAAAAAUUGUUGCCCUGUCCAUAUGUGUUUCACCCUACCUAAACCUUAACCAAACUAGAACCACCGAGGAGGGUGCAGCACAUUAAAGGGAUAGUUCAUUGUUUUUGAAUUGGGGUUGUAUGGGGUACUUAUCCAUCGACAGAGUAUUACAUACUGUAGAUGUGAGUCUGUAUGGCCACAGUUUGGAGAAUCAGGCAGGAGUCCAACACGGAGGCUAAGCAAUGUACUGUUGUGCAAGUUUCACAUGAAACAAUUAGUUUUAGUUUAAAUGUUUGUUAUAUUAAGAGUAUUUUCACUGUUUUGCUUUUCCGUCAGACAGCACGUUACGACAGCUUCAGUUCUACGUCUAUGCUCUGAUCAAAGCUUCCAGACCACAUUGACAAAAAAACUUAAUUUUAGCUUGCUGAACACGACGGCCUAUCGUAGCUUCAAUCAUUUUGUUAGUUUGUGUUAUUGUGCGACUUUAGUGCAUCAAAAUGAACCCUUUUAAAUACCAAAGUCACACAAUGAUACACACUAAUUGUUCGAGGCAGCAGUAGACCAGCCGCUUCUAUGUUCAAAGAUGUUAAAUCCCUGUUUUUCACAGUGAGGUAUCGCUUUGAAAAGUGCAAUAUAACGGUUUCUUUUUUCAGUUGAAAAUCACUGUCUGACAAGUUAUAGCAGUGAAAAUACUUUACAUAUAGCGUACAUUAAACUGACAUUGAUUCUUUAAGAGGCUGAUCACACUGUGAUGCAUUGCGCCAGGUGCGACUGCUCCAAAAACGCAGGGCUGCGUGUGCAUACCGCAUGCGUUGCCAAAAGUGACACUGGUGAGCAGUGCGACUCAAUGCCUUGAGCUGAAGAGUUUAAAAAUAUUUUAUCCGUUAUGCGCGCCCAAAAAAUGUCAGAAAAACACGUUCUGCAGCAACAAGAGGAGAGCGCCCGACAGGCACGCUGUACCAUAGGGAAGUAAUGGUUUUAAUGGCGGCGCUUUUCUUGCACAAGCUUUGGUGUGAUUGUCCCCUUAGCUGGGACUUGUUGUUGAUGGCUAAAAUGUAUUUUGUUGCUGACCCCCUCCACGGCAGCUAGAUUGCUUUGCUUCUACGUUGGACUCCAAUCUGCUUCUCCAAAAUGAAUGCAUGCCUGACAUUUACUGUAUGUAAUGCACUAUUUAUGGAUAAGUACCUCAAACAACCCCACUGUAAAAAAAAAUCUUAACUAUGCUUUCAACAGCAGAGAAACAGUUUUUGAUGGGGAAACACAUUUUGACACCGGCAUCUUUUUUUAAAUUCAGCUUCCAACGCCUUUUUUUUUUUUUUUUUUUGCGAAAAAUCUCUGAACUUUUAAUAAAGGCGCAGGUGUCAUCGCUGCCGCUCCAUUAGCUACUGUCUAUCCCAGACUGUAUGAUAUGUAUGUGAGGAACUACUACAUUUGUCUGAGCAGUUAGGCUGGACACCGAAUCAUGCUCUUUUUUUUUUUUUAAACAAAUCUUAAUUUAGUAACAAAUUCAGGCCAUAAGAUCAAGUUGAUAUGUAAACAAUACAAAGAGUGUAUAACUCUUAUGGCAAAUAAAAUAAAGUAGCUAUAAAAUAAACAAAAGAAGACCCACUUAAAAAAGUCAGAGGUCUCUUCAAAAAGAUAAUACAUGAAUGUUAUUGUAAAUUUGCAAGGCUUGUUUGGUCUUUAUGUUUCAUUACUGUCUUGGAUUUUAAUAUCUCAUUCAUGAAGAAAAAUGGUCAGGUAUAUUUUUUAAAAGCCACCUGUGGAUAAAUUGUUUAGUCAUAAUAAUCAAACUAUAGUACAUCAUAUCCCCCAUUUUUAUCCACCAUCAGAACACCAAAUUUAGUAUCAUUAUACUUUAAAGUAGGAGCUUGAGCUUGAGUGGUACCUUUUGUAAGCUGUCACCUGAAGUCAACCUUCUGCUCUUACCUGCUAACGUUAGCAACAGAGCUGUUGGCUACCUAGCUAACGUCAAGAUAUAUUUGUCACAGAAACAAAACCUACCGCUCCCCAGCGCCCUGCCACGACUUCUCUGCCAAAGAAAAGCGCUACGUGGACACAGACCUUAAGUUUAGAUCACCUGAAACCAAGAAACGUUGUGUUUUCGUUACCUGAGAGCGAGCCGCUUCCGUAUCCGCCAUGUUGUUUCUGUAGCCCAGAACCGAAGGAACAGAAAUCAUCGCGUCAAUUCGUUUCUCUUCGCCAACGACACCGCGAGAUACCCCUUAAGUCCUACUCACUAGAUUUUUUACUAUAAUUCCUUAGUAUUUUCUGCAUUAAUUGUGAAUCCAAGUAAGAAAAUCUGCGCUGAAAUGUGACACAAUGCGAAGAAAAACCUGUAACUCCCGCUUUUCAGCGCGAGGCCGAAUUCUCAUCUCAGCACGAGACUUUACAACCGUUACGUUACCUCUCGCGGUCGCUCUGACGAAACACAACAGGAAAACUGCACUGACGUCAUCAGAUCAUGUGACAAUAGUAAACCAAUAUUUAUUUUACACAUUUUCUCUGCUGAAACAGACUGGAAACCAACACGAAAUGUCUUUGUUUUGUUUUCCUGGAGGAGUUUCUGUCUUAAAAAGAGCAGACCUAAAAUUAGACUUCCCUUUUUUUCUUUUUUUUUUUCCAUAUAAAUGUAUUCUAGCUCUCCAGCCAUGUAUAUCUACUAAGCCUGUCCCUUGGGGUUUUUGUAUCUUUAUUUUUGACUGCCAAUAUUUAAAACACUAUAGCAUGACUUCAGUCUGUAGCGCGAUGGACUUUAUUUCAUCAUCUUCCCCCUUAAAAUUUUUGAGUUUUGUGUUUGUAUUUUAUUGUUCAUAACGUUUUCGUGAUCAGAAAUCCCUGCAGUUUAAACUCUUAAUUAUCAUCAUUUCACUGUAGCUUUGUGAAUAUGUUAGCAUCUGAUUUGUAUAAAGCACUCUCUUUUUGUUCCACAAUUUUUUAUUUUAUUUUAUUUUUUUAUUUUUGUUUUUACUUUUUGAAUGGUGCUAGAUGUAAUUUGUGACGUAUAUUGCAGUACGCCAUGAUGCAAUGGGUGCAUAUCAGGGCCUUUUGGAUUUUCUGUAUACAGUAAAAGGAUCUUGAUUUGGUGUUAUAGUAGACUUAAGCACACAAUCAGCAGUCCUUCCCCAUCUUUGUUUUUAUGUUUUAUAAUAUAUAUAUAUAUAUAUACCUUAUAACCCCCCUAAACUGGUCAUUGAAUAGCUCCGGAAACAGUAGACCAGCUUCUCCAAAAUGCAUGAUUUUCUUGUUAUCUUUAAUCAUAACGUAAUUAUUUUUAGAAAGUUGUAUAUGCAACAACUCCCCCAUUUUUCUGAACUAAUGUCCGGGUGUUAUUAACAGUUGAGAGGACAGACUGCAGCAUGUUAAAGGAGCCGUGGUUUCUUUGAUGUCUCUAGUUUACUGUUGUCUCCUUUAAAAAAAUGGCAGGUGUGGUGUUAUAACUUCCCUUGUAUCUCCCCCUCUAUGUAACAAUUAUCUUUAUAUUUUUCUUCAGCGUUCUUUAACUAGCAGCUAGUCCCUUUAUGUUUGUUAUGACAUUUAAAGAUCCCCCCAUUGAUACAGUAUUUUAGCAUUCGGCAAUGGUUAUUCUUCUCUAGGGGAAGGAAUGAUGAGAUGUGCAUACGCCAAUUAUGUUAAUGAUUUUUGAUUAAUGUUGAUAGUUUUUCUCCCCCCCAAAACACCUCAGUCUUUUUCUUUCUUUACACAUUGUAAAGUCAGCCAGAGAUGACAAACAGUUCUGAACAGCAGAAAUAAAUUCAAUAAACUGUUUAACCCA